AUGAACCGCGUCCAGGUGCUGGAGAGCCAUUCUGCGUGCAGUGACCCCGCGAUCGUGGUGGUGGGAUCCUGCUUCCUUGACUACAUUGCGUAUGUAGACCGCAUCCCGAAGAUCGGCGAGACACUCGGCUCGAAGAGCUUCGAGAAGGGCUUUGGUGGUAAAGGCGCCAACCAGGCAGUGGCCGCUGGCAGACUCGGUGCCCGCGUGGCGAUGGUGAGCGUUGUCGGCUCUGACGGCGACGGUGCCGACUUCAUCAAAACGUUUCAGCGCAAUGGUGUUAACACCUCCUGUGUAUACCGCAAGCAGGGCAGUGCAACCGGCCUGGCGAUGAUUUUCGUCGACGCCAAGACUUCCAACAACGAAAUCGUGAUCUGCCCCAAUGCGACACACGCGCUGACGGUUGACUAUCUCCGCAAGAAUUCAGACAACUACGCCCGCUUCUUGCCCAAGAGCUGCCGCUUCCUCAUCUGCCAAAACGAGAUUCCGCUCGAGACGACGCUUGAUGUGCUGCGGGAGGCACAUGGCCGCGGCAUCUACACAGUAUUCAACGCGGCCCCGGCCCCGUCGCCCGCGGACGUGGAGAAGAUCAAGCCGUUCCUGCAUUAUGUUUCGCUCUUCUGCCCCAACGAGGUGGAGGCGGAGAUGAUCACUGGCGUGAAGCCGAAGGACACCGCCUCCGUUGUGGCUGCUGCCAAGGCUCUGCAGGCGCUCGGUGUGCGGGAUGUUGUUAUCACGCUCGGGGCGCAGGGUUACGUCCUUUGCGAGAAGAACUCGGAGCCGGUGCACGUGUCCGGCAUCCGCGUGAAGGCGGUGGACACGACGGGCGCUGGCGACUGCUUUGUCGGCUCGAUGGUCUACUUCAUGUCGAAGGGCAAGUCGCUUGCUGAGGCGUGCAGGCGGGCGAAUGUGUGCUCCUCGAUCAGUGUGCAGCGUAGGGGCACGCAGAAGUCGUACGCAACGCUCAGUGAACUCCCCGCUGACAUUGUGGCUUGA